GCUCUCUCGCUCUCUCUCAGACUGAAAAUAGAUCCAGCUGGGUUUGGUCUGGCAAUCAACGCCUCCCGAGCCGCCGACCACCAGUACCAUCCAAAAUAAAACGGAAAAUAUCGACGCCUGGCGACCGUAACCGAGAGGAAUUACACCGUCUGGGGGUCUUCAUUGGUCCUCUUUGGUUUCAGCAACCUUCUUUAUAUAUAUAUUUAAAAAAACACAUUUAGUCUAUAGUUCGUGUUUUUUUACAGCAGCCGAAGUGAUGUCUGUCGCGGGGUUGAAAAAGCAGUUCCAUAAAGCCACUCAGGUAAGAGAAAAAACUUAAACUUAAUCACAUUUUGACGUUUUUAACGGUUUUACUUCUGUCACAGACCGCUACAGGGGUAAACAGAGGAUGUAGGAGACACAGGCUAUAGCGUAGUGGACAUUAUAUGUACAAAAAAAUCGUGUAUAUGUUUGAAAAUCGCAGAAAUGUUGCUGUUUUUUUCCCUCUGAAAUACCCGUAGUCGUGUUAGGAUGCGUCGUGCAUUCAAAUCCCAAACGGUUUAAAAUUCGGAUGAUCAAUUUGUCCCCAAAACUUCUAAUUUUUCCCGUUAAAAAAGCCAAAAUUUUAACCGGAAUCAACCUAAAAGUCAGGAUGUAUUUUCCCUCUCAUAUUAAUUCGAUGCACGGGUAUACGACGAGCUGUUUUCUCGCGUUGUUUUCGCGUGGGUGUGCAUUCAAAAGCAGGGUAUACCCCCCUCUCUGUGUGGAGAUGUCAUAUUACGUAAUAGAGAUGAAAGAGUGGGUAUGUGUGCGCGUGUCCGCAGAGCUGAUUGGCUGUUGCCGCACGCAACAGGGAAUUCCCUCCAUUUUUACAUCCGGCUAACUUCCCUCCAUCCUCCUUUUAUCGUGUUUUUCAUGAUGCCAACCAUCGUCUUUCCCUCCAUGUCUUCACUGUCACACCAUCCUUCUGUCGUACCCGUAACCAGGGGAUGGGAACUGGCGAGGUCCAGAAAGUAUUAAUGUAGCCUAUCACUCAUAAAAGGCGUAACAGCAGGGGCGUAAUCAGGGUGUUUGAGGGGCAGGGGCAGAACAUUUUGAAAGGCACCCCAUGACAGUAGUAUUCUUAAGAUACAAUCCUUACACAACAACCAAACAUUAUUUAACACACUGGAAGGGCAGCAGGGAGCACUUCAUUUACGUUUGAUCCAAAGGAGAUAAAUCCUCAAGUGGAGGACUUCAAGUAUCUUGGGAUCUUGUUCACGAGUGAGGGUAGGAUGGAGCGGGAGAUAGACAGGCGGAUCUGAGCGGCGUCAGCGGUGAUGCGGACGCUUAACCGAUCAGUUGUGGUGAAGAAAGAGCUGAGCCGUAAGGCGAGACUCUGGAUUUACCGGUCGAUCUACGUGCCGAUCCUCACCUAUGGUCAUGAUCUUUGGGUAAUGACCGAAAGAACAAGAUCGCUGAUACAAGCAGCCGAAACGGGUCUCCUCCUCAGGGUGUCCGGGUUCAGCCUUAAAGAUAAGGUAAGGAGCUCGGACACUCGGGAGGCGCUCAGAGUAGAACCGCUGCUCCUCCACGUUGAGAGGAGUCAGCUGAGGUGGCUCGGGCAUCUGGUUAGGACGCCUUCUGGACGCCUCCCUUAGAGGUGUUCCGGACAUGUCACACCGGGAGGAAAAAGCCUGAGAUUGAGUCUUUUCAAAAUAAAAGCCUUGUACAGUAAUUGUUACCUGUACAGGUGUGCUCAUAGUCGUCCUAAAUCUUUCUGUUCCCUGUCGUCAUCCUACCAUCAACUAAACUUUUCAACCAUCUCCAUUCAUCCCUUCAUCCUCUCAGUCUAGAUAUCUCCCCUUUUAUACAAUUAUCUUUUCAUCCCCUCAUCUUUUUUCUUUUACUCUACCACCCCUUCUGUUUUCAUCCCUCGAACGUUAACCUCUUUCUCUCUUUCCCAUCCCUCCAUCACCCUCCAUCUUUCCGAACCUUAAUCUCCUUAAUUGCCUGAACAUCCCUCCAUCAUCCCCCCAUGUUUUUACUCUUUUUCAUGGUGCCCACCAGCUAUUUUUCUUCCCUCCAUCCACCCCCUCCGCUGUCAUCUCCUUUUUCUUCAUCCCUCUAUCAUUUUUAAUCCCCUUCCCUUCUUUUUACCCUUCGUCUGUCCUCCCCCAGCUGUAUCUCAACCUUUCAUCUCAUCAUGUUUGAAGUCGUGUCCCAUCUUUCUGGACAUAUUACAAUCACUCCUUCAUCCCUCUGUUUUGUUCCUUUCUCCCUGCAGUCAUCCCUUCAUCCUCCCUCUUUACACCCUGCCAUCAUCCAUCCUAACAUCGUAUCGUCCAUUCGUCAUCCCUCUUUCUUUUCUUCAGCAUCCCUCCUUCUCCUCAAACGAUCAUAACCCGACGAUGACGAGCAGCUUUUGUUUUCUAGAAAAGAAGGAGGGAAUAGAGGAAGAGAAGAGGAGUGGUGUUGACAGGUGCUGGUAGGCGUUUGCAGCCUUUUCCAGUCCGAUCUGAAUAAUGAACAAAAAGAGAUUUACCGGGAAUCUCUCUAACCUUUUCGCCUCGUUGCUGUCUGCUGAGAGUGGAAACAAGAUGAUGGCAGAGAUCUGACGGACUGACUGAUGGAGGUUUACCUAACCCAAAUACGCUCCUAUUUCUACUCCUCUGCUUUCUAUUCCACCUUUCACUGGCUCUUAUUGGACUGAACUGAAUGUGAAUGAGGGAAAUCGUUUUUUAGAGUACGGCCUUUUAUUCAGUGUCAGUUUUUGACGAGUCACCAUCACUGGUAACAUUUAACCCUGGUUACCCUGAUCCCAACAGUACUUUGCUCAAAAAACACAUAAAUCUACAGUGACCAAGCCUUUCCUCACCUGAACAUCAUUCUCUCAAGUCUUGGCUAUCAGGAGACGAAAUAUUGAGAUUGGAACAAACACACAACAGAAACUAUUGACAUAUUUACACUCAUUCUUCCAGGCGUUUUUGACUAUUUUCAGUUGUUUCUGCCGCUCCUUGAAGCAGUUCCUGUCUGAGAUGAGACAGAGGACCACAUCAUACUGCUCAGAAUCUCUUCUUUACUUGUUUACAAACAUUGAGGACCAUUAUUUCUGAUUUUGCAGACAAGCAGGGAACUUUCUUGUCUCUUGUUGAUAAUUGGUUGCCUCUUAUUGGACACUACCGUCAAGGGGACAAUAGAAGAAGAAUAUGAGACGUCAUCAAAACAGCUUGUCAAACCCCGAAGACAUUAGCGGAAUUUAGCAAUAGCAAUCUUUUCUGAUCACAACAAUCUGAUCAAUAAUCCUGUUCUCAUCAGUAUAUCACUGCAGAUUUACCAUCAAACGUCUCUGAUCAAACUUGUUUUUGUGUCUGGAUUGUAAACCUUGUAGCAGGUGUAGAAAUGUCUGGAAACCCUCGAUAGAUCGCCAAAAGUGUAAACUUUUGAACUCAAAGACUCCAAAAUUAGGCAACUGGACUGUGUAGAGUUGAGAAGAUGUUUUGCCUCUAAUCCAAGAAGCUUCUUCAGUUCUAAAAUAGCUCGUGAGGGGAGCAGGUAUUUACCUUACUGGAGAAGGGGAAAACAAUGACUGGGAGGAGUUGGAAUGAAUGGAUCCAACUCCUCCCAGUCGUUGUUUUCCCUUGUCCAGCUGAAGAAGCUUCUCGGAAAAGAGGCGAAACGUCUUCUCAACUCCUCACAGUCCAGUUGCCUGAUUUUGGAGUCUUUGAGAUAACCAUGACCUGGAUGAAUGAGAAUCUACAUGGACGUUAGCUUUUGAACACUUUUCAUCCCGAAAAGAUACACGGAAUAGUUCCUGGGAAACUGUAAACAAUAUUAAUGGUGUCAACUCUAGCAGAGUUCUAACUGUUAAGGAGCAGGGGUCAUGAUCAACUCCUGCUUCUCCUGUGGGGGAAACCAGUUCCAUCUGGUUUCAGUCAUCAACGUCAUUAGCAUUAAUGCGUGACAGUCCCCUCAUCACUGUCCUCCAAUAAUGAUUUGACGCAUUGCAAGAGGCAGUCAGUGCAAACGGCAACCAAGGAGUCGAACCAUGACGGACGGGUCACAAGUCCAAACAACGUGAUACUGAAGUACACUCAGUGGACUCAUUGUGUUUCCUGGCUUGUUUGGAGGCCAUUGAAUGCAUCUAAGCGGUUUACUUCUACGUUAAAGACGGGGCGAUACUUUUCUAGUGUUUUCCACACCCUGUGAUCCAUCAUCAGAUCUACUAAAGAGAGAAACACAGGGCUAACCCUGAUGAGACGUCUCUGAACACUCUGAUUCCUGAAAUUAGUCCAGAAAAACGUGUCGAUGAAAUAACGUCCCAUGACCCUGAAAAAGGAACCAGAUCAACCGAAUCAGACGGGGUGAGGGUUUCUUUCACGAAUCGGUGUCCCUCGAGUCUGUCUUUGCGCUCCACUGUCAUCAGGACCAAUUCUUGCACAUUUGUUGCGUUUGUGGGAGGAAGGCCCGCUGAUAAAGGGAGGAGAUGAUGUCUAUCGAUCCCUGAGGGGGAAACUAGGUCACUGCAGCAGAGACGGAACAGGAAAUAAAAGUCUGACAGCAGCAGAGACAGAGAGACGAAGUCAGUCAGAGACGGAGCGUCCUCUGAAACUCUAACCCAUUAAAAUAAUCAAACAGAAUCCAUCAAACGAGACGAACAGAGCUGCUCUGAAAACCUGAUCGGAGACAUUUAUCCAGGAGACAACAGCAUGAAGUUUAUAAGUUUAUAUCCACAAACACGUGUCCUCACUGAUGGCUGCUCGGUCUGGUUUUAAGGGGAUUUUCUCCAAGCUGAGUCCCACUUUGAGAUCCCAAUUAAGAUUUGGAGCUUUAACAAUCAAUUCAACUGAAAAAUUAAAUCAACUCUGAUAAUCUCUUAAUCCAAUAUGUUGGAGAAAUUACAGAUCAGUUAGCGGUUUCAGCCUCUAGAGAGUGAAGAUAUCCUGUUUCUUUUUUCAGUCCUCUGGAGAUCUGGACCAUUUCCGACAGACAAACAAAAAUACUGUUUCCUUUGUUAUAUUUAGUGUUAAUAACAGACUCAGCAUUUAAUCUAUGUAUGUGAAAUCAUCAACCACCAAAACUUUAAUGUAAACUUCUGUUUCACAAAUAAAUCCUGCUUUUUUUCCCCAAACUAAAGCAGUAAAAGGAAAGUUCCUCGCUGUAGGGGCCCUGAGCUAUUCCCUCUAAAACCAGACUGUAAACUUUUGCUCUGAAAACUGGCCUUUCUGGUUCAGUGUGUACCUGGUUUCCACUGCUUCUGCAGAAGGCCUCACUUGGGAGUUUUGUUUUUAGCUCUUCUGGAUCCUCUUCAAACGACUAACCAAACUGUGGCUGUCUAACAUGAGUCUGGUCCUGCUCAGGGUUUCUGCCUGUGAAAAGGAAGUUUUUGAGGCAGCAAAUUUUGUGGCAGAUCACAGACAGCAGGAACCACGAGAACUCACAAGAACCCAUGGAAUCAUGUGCAAUCGUGCGCUAACAAGUUGUCUUUAGCCUUAUAGGCUAACCAUAUAAGCAGUAGACUGUGUCCUUCCAGAGGAGGAAAUCUACUUCUAGACUUCUAGAAUCAGCAUCUCCUCAUCCAUGGUGUCAUCGGGGUGAAAUGACGUCUAAAAACCUUUCACUUGUUCGUCUCCGUCCGUUUGCAUGGUGUGAAAUACGAUCCUCCUGAAACACGGAGUGUUUUAUUUUGAAAAGAAGCCGGAUGUUUUAUUUUGUGUCUGUGCCCGACUUCCUUUCCAGCACGGGUUAAUCUGUGCUGAAUUUAUCCGCCAUGCUCCGGCGUCUGAAAAAAUAGAACUCUGAGCUGUGGAAUCCAGCGAUCCACAGCAGAAUGGAAAGAAGCCGAUGGAAAUUGCCAGUAACCCUUCUAGUAACAAUCAUCAGUGACAAUGUUCAACACUGAAAAAUGUUCUUUACUGUCAGGAAGUCAUUUGUUUCAGGUCUUCAGUUUUGCCAAGAGGCAGCUGGUCUCUUCUUCCUCAGGCAGAUAGCAUACCUGUCAUGUCAGCAUCUACAAACCCAUCAUUAUUACCGAGAAAGAGUUAAAAACGAAGCUCUGAUUGGUGGAUAUGUAAAUCUAGUUUCUGUAAAUGUGCCAGGAUGAGCAGAUUUUUGACGGAUCAGGAGCAGGAGCCGAGGUUUGACUAAAACAGAUCACAUGUUUGAUGUCAGGUGGCUGCAUCUCUGUCAGCAGUGUGUGGAGAGCGGGCGGGGAGCGAGGCCCCAGAAUAGAUCUGUGAAUCAACAGCAGACGUUAAUAGAGAGAGAGGGGGCGGCGGGCAGCACGAGACGUCAUAGACCGGUAACUCUGGAAACCAGGAAAGGGCUAAUCAGCCUGUUGGUUUCUACACAGUGUUCAUCUGUGUUUCCUUUAACGUGGAUCGAAACCUGACCCUGAUUCCGUGAGGCGGCGGGACGUUGGCGGCGGCUGCGAUCGAGCUCAUCAGCCUGUUUUAUUUAUGCAGAGCAGAGAGCGGCACGCCAAGCAGACAAAGCGGAGCGGUAAUCCAGGGCAGCAGGGUGGGCGUUUUAUAGCACAGGUGAUGGAUGAUCACAGAUUCCUCACAGUGAAUAAUUACAGGUUAGAAAAUACGACUCUGAGUGGAAGUAAACGCACCACGGACUGCAGGACGAUGCAGCUCUGCAAAUUAAAGGGUAGAAGUUUGUCCCGUUUAACUCUAACAUUACAUAUUUACAGUAAAAGCAGUCCUAUCUGAUAAGUAGAUGAAAUUCAGAUCUUUGGAUUCCUUUGAGAGGAGAGGAUGUGGACAGAGAAGGAAACCAGGGGAGUUAGAGGGAGUCACAUGAGGGAAAGGAGUCUCAGACUGGAACUGAGACCGGGUCACCCCUACAGACAACUUCAAGUCCAUUUUUCUAGAUCAGCUCGACCAUGAGAAACCAUCCAUCACCUGUGUUUAAAGUAGAACAUUAAGAUAUGAUCAGUGGAUAUUCACCAGAGUUUGAGGUUCUAGUCAUGGACGACCAAGGCUCGUCUGAAGGCUCGUCCGCGUGUUCCUAAAGCUCAGAUCCCUGAAAGAAUCGAUACUGGUCCUGAUUGACCUCCAAAUCCCCCAGAUCUCAGUCUUAUUGAGUAACUCAGGAAUCCACAGGACAACCAAGUCCCAUUCAUGGAAGGUAUCCCAUCAAAUGAUGACCUGGGUUAGGGUUACUACCUUAGAGGUGAUGUGGGGCCAGACUUGAGUAGCUGAUAAAUUGGGCCUUUAAUGUAUUGUUUCAUUUCGUACAUGGAGGAAACUCAAACCUGGAAAUAAACAGUGUAGAGGUUGGCCUCGACAAUCUUGGAAACUCUGGUUGUGUUUUGACAGUUUUAGUCUUUUAGACGAACAUGACUGGACAGAAUAACUGAUCUGAGAACAGUUUGUUUUUGUUUCUGGAAAAGGCGUUUCUUCGGCGGCAGAAAUGAUCAAAUCUUCUAUUUUUAAGGACCAUGACUCAAAGUUGAGGACGGAUUGAGCAGCAGACUCACCCAAACCCCGACAUUUCAUUAGACUUUAAUGAAGUGAACUCAUGUUUUCAUCAUGUGGUGUUGGAUGUGUUCAAAUCAAGGCUUUUACUCUGAAAAGAACGUUUUUUCUUCCUGUUUUUGGCUUUUGAAAGCCUUGAAAAUCCGGCCUCUUUGUUUACCCAUCCCUUUAGAAUGUGAUAGUCAGCGCUUUCUAGUCGAGGGCUGUGCUGUAAGGUGUGUUCUGAUUGGCUGUUGGUGGUGAUCCAUUAAAAUAUUAAAAUGUAACUCGCCGUCCACGGAGGCCUGAAUCUAGGACACGUCUCAGCGUGUGUCUUCACCCGUGUUUGUCUUCUCCUGUACUCAGGAUCGAACAGAUGGACUGGAACAAACCGGAGCUGAGCAAGUGGUGGCAGCGUGAAGCCGACUGCUAAGUCACCGUGCCCUGUUCAAAGAUGGCCGCCGCUGCUGCCACUGCCAGCGGGGGCAGGAAACGAGACACCUCAGUCCACCUGGUUAAAUAAAACAUGAGAGAGAGAGAGAGAGAGAGAGAGAGAGAGAGAGAGAGAGAGAGAGAGAGAGAGAGAGAGAGAGAGGGAGAGAGAGAGAGAGAGAGAGAGAGAGAGAGAUCAAUGAUCAGAUUCACACUGAAGAAAACGUUAGUGAAGGAAUAAAGAGGAGAAAAUUUUCAGUUUUAAAACAUGAAGAUGUACCGUGGUCCUCAAAGCGACCACGAUGGAGAAUAUGACAGUUGUAGUCCAUCAGAUGGAUGGAUGUUUGAGUCCAGAUACUAAAAGAACUUAUUUACACACAUUUCUGCUUUUAAGUCCAUUUUAAAGUGAGAGUUCAGUUGGUAAAGGUAAACAGGAUUUGGUCCUGAACUGAAAUUCUCAUAAAAGGGACGUAGAGCAUUUAGGCUCCUUACGCCCAACUUCAUCUUCUCAGAUUCGUCUGUUCUUGUUUUGUUUUUUUCCCGGGAUUUCAACCGCGUCCGGAACGGCUCCGAUCCGGAAUGGCGGCGUUUUUCGCCGUACGCCAAUUCCUACCGGAUCGGUCUGUGAGGCAAAUCUUGUGGUGGAUUACGGACAGCAGGAAUCGCUAGAACUCACAAGAACCCGCAGAUUCACGUGCAAUCCAGCGAUAACAAGUUAGACACAUAGACAAACAAGCAGUAGAUUGUGUCCUUCCAGAGGAGGAAAUCUACUUCUAGACUUCUAGAAUCAGCAUCUCCUCAUCCGGAAAAAAAUAGAACUCUUGCGAUCAGCUGCGGAACGGAAAGGAGACGGUGGAAAUUGACACGUUAACUUGAAUGGUUACGAUCAGCUGUGACCGGCGGACACGGCCUUUUCGUAGCCAUUCCAGAAUCGGUGGAAAUUGGGGGUUAGCGUAAACAACGGAAGUGCAUGAAAGGAAACUACAGAGGAAAGAUGGAAGUUUGUCUUGACGUCAAACCCUCUUUUCUCGUUAAUGAUGAUCGAUUUGUUCAGAAAACUUCGAUGUCGGAGUUUCAACAGUUCGGUUUUAUUCUAAAGGAUCACUUCAGGUGGAGAAACAGAUCUGGUGUCUCUUGUUCUCUGUUGCUUCCUGAUCUCUCUCUCACACACACACACACACCCCUCUCCGUUUAAGGGAGACUGUGUUGCUAUGGAUACCACACACGUGUGAAGAGAGAGCAGGCGUGAUGCAAACACACACACACACACACACUCACACACACACACAGAUACGCUGAGUUCUGGUUGGCUCGCUCAAUAAUUGAUCAACCUUGAGGGCGCAGCACGUGUCGGAGCAGCAGCGGCGUGUCUGUGCGAUCCUCCCGUGUCCUCGGGUUUCAGGUGAAUCCUCCUCCUUUGACCUCUGACCUCACUUUCAGGUGCUUUUAAAAUGACACUCAUAUUAAAUCAGUGAACGGAUGAUUAUCCAAAUACGGCGCGGUACGGGACCGACAGGGCCGAGACUGAUGCAGUAGUUCUCAUCAUCUGUGCACAGCGCCGUGGGGGCGGGUGUCAGACGGCGUGUUUGGCAGCAUUUUUCCAGCGAGUGAUGCUCUUGACAUUCACGUUUGACAGUUUCUCCUCCAGCUUCAGAGCGAACCGAGAACAGACAAGGUGGAUUCUGGGUGAAAUUCGUCCUCUUGAAUGGUCAGCAUUGUUGUCCGUUAUCACUGGUCGUAAAGUUUAUCGUCAAGUUGAGUCCGAAGCUGUUGCGUGACUCCAAUCUAGACCUCCGUUCAGCUUCACAUUGAGAAUUUCUUCCUGUUCUGUUGAGUGAAAUGCUUAUACUGUUUCCAUCCUUUCAAAAUAAGAGCAUGAAUUCGGCUGCUAUGUGGAUUCUCCUCUUCUUCUUCUUCUCCUUCUGUUUUUUGUGUUGACAUCAUUAUAAAAACGUUCGUAUCGUCAUCAAUCUUCAUCUCUCUCUCCUCUCUCUGAACUUCCUCCACUGCCUCCUUCCUCUGUAACAGUAUGUGUGUCUGAGCUCGGAGUUUUUUAUUGCCUCAUCAAUCCUCAGCCGGAGCCCCUGCGGGGAAAAACAGCUCUCAUGUUCUGAAGGAGUCGUCUCAUAAUGUGGUUGAGUCAGAGCUGAGUGUUGGAGGGCCGACCCGUCCUUUAUAGCCGAUGGUAAACAUUGGCUGGCAGUGGGAACAGUCUGGAACAAGGUUUUAAAAUCUGCAGUUUGGUUUAGAAAUGGAGCCAGAAAAACUGACAGUGGAGAUAUUUUUAAAAAAGGGCUGCAGGAAAUCCAAAAAACAAACGUUGUGAUUCUUCCAUUUAUGCCUGGAAACAAUCAAGACCCACUCUGAUAAAAAUCAUGUUUUUCUUUAAGGCAUUUUUCUGAUGCUACAGGACAUAUCAAGGGAAUAACAAGUGCCAAAUUGCAUUUCUUAGCAUUUCUGUACUGUGUUUUGUACGUAUUGUCUGGACCAGAGGACGACUAGCUGUUGUCUUGGCAUCAGCUAACGGGGAUCCUUUCAAAUAAACAAAUAAACUAACAAAUGGCUAUGAACUUUUCACAGACCCAAAUGGCAGGCUUAGAUACAGUGAGAUUUCCUACAUCACAAAUCCAAGCUCCGCCCCCUGGAGCCCCACUGUGCAGGCCAGACUCAGAGAAGUAGAGAGGAGGAUCGCAGAACAAACGUGUAUGUUAGUGGAUUGCGACGCUUCUAAAAAAGUUGAUUAUGAUAUUAACUUUCAUCAUGACCCCAAAGACAUUAGUGUCCGAGAGCGGAAUAGCUGUUACCACUUCUACUACACCGGCAAUGUGAGGCAGCACCGUCUCCGCCCACGACUCAGAGGCAAAUUGCUAAUGAGCUACUGGAGCUCUGCAGGAGAAAAGUCCUUGAAAAUGACACAGGUAACGUGAUUUUGGCAAAAACUUCAUAAUCAAAUUUAAAGACCACUGGGAACACUUUAAAAGGUGUUGUAGUCAGGAUCUGAGGAAGUUCCAGUUUUUAGGAGAAAUCUUGAAUGUAAACUCUACCCCUCCCAACCAGUUUUCCCCUCAAGCCCCGCCCACAAACAGACGCUCCUGCUCGCUCGUAUCGUUCCAAUUAAAUUCAGAUAUAAUGCAGAUAAAUACUUCAGAUCAUUACAAAUGGGGCCCAGUCAAGGUGAAAGUCAAAAGCAUUGGUGCUACUGUAGAUGCCAACAGACUACCAGCAAACACAAUGUUUGCAGGACUUCUACAACGAGGAUAAAGUGACAUAGUCCAGGACCCGAGGGAGGACAGUUUAGCGAUGGCGCUACAACACGCUACAGCAGGUCCGUUUGACAAGAAACACUUCUGUUACAGACACUUGUCUUACUUUGUUAAAGCGGUUUACCUGUCCAGCAGAAAGGUUACAGGGUCACCAAGAUCCCCAAGCGUCCCCCAUCGUUUAUGUUGACCCGUCUUUUUAGCUCUUGUCCGGUCUACCUCCGUUUUAAGCGCCCGUUAUUCCUCCAGAGUCUCCGGUAUUUACUUUGUUUUCUUGCUUGUGUCGGCAGUCGUGGCCAAAGGAGGAUUCAGACAAUUUUCCGAACUUUCUGGUUGGUUUCUACUGUCCGAUAUUGUAGCACGCUAACUUUGUUUGGGCUCCUGAACGACACGGGGGAGCAGCGUCUGCCUCACAACCAAUCAGGUUAGAGGAGGUGGAGAACGGCUUUGUUUACAGUCAGAAAGAGUAUAUAUUGACUGAUAUUAAAAGCUUUUUUGUAUAAACACCACAAAAUAAGAUGCUUCUUUAACGGAAUCCCCACCUUUAAAUCGUAAAAAAAACUAUCAGAGUGGGACUUUACAGCAGGAAGGUGUGAGGUCCACACAGUAGGAGGUCCCCUCAGGUGUUUCUGUCUUCAUCAGUGGAGAACUGGAGGACAGUCUGAACCAGACGAACACAGACUGUGAUUCGUGACUCUGCUGAGGAGGCUGAAACUUCCUCUCUGAUAUGAUAUGAAUACAAAUGAAUGAAGACGGACAGGCUGAGAUAUUUUGGAUUUUCUUUGUCUGCAGAUCUCGUUGGUUUUUUCUUUCCCCCUCAUCUCUUUUUUCUGCCUCACUCUCCAACAACCCACUUCCUGAGUGUAAUGUGACAUCCUUUUGUGUGCGAAUGUGUGUUACAGUAGUGACUCUGGUUACAUAACUUUAUAUCAUACCAUCUCGCUCACACUCCAUGUGACUGAAAGCCACUCUAGGCGGUUACGAGGCCAUGAAGCAGGACUUUAAAUUUCCUGAUAGAAGAGAGCGUUGUCCUGCUUUGUCUCUUCUCCACCCUCAUCAUUGAUCCGGAGCGCCUGAACACAUAAACCGGAGUACUUCUUCACUCCCGAUAGACAACCUAUUGACCAGGGAUUGAUUUAGCAUUAACGCUAACUCCCAGAGGAGCAUCUGAAGGGCUUAAAACAAAUGAAAACAGCACUCAAUCUGCAGGCCGGCGUGUGGUUAUGGAUCUCAUUUAUUUCAGUUAAACCUCAGAGAGUGUUGUGCCUGAAUUAGUCCGAUGAAUGAUCGUAUCGUUCUUUAUUUGCGUAUGAAUGCGUGAGUGUCGAACGCGCUCAUUCUGGCGUCUGUGAGCGGCGUUCAGAAGUGUGCCAGAUGUCCGGAGUCUUCCAGGUGACACCCCGGCUAAAACACACCGUGAACAGGCCUUUAUAUCUCGAGGAAAGCCACGCAAUCUCGCCCAAUCUUGUUCUGGUUCUUUUUUAGUCUGACUGAAAUGGAAUUUGAUGUGAAUUGUUUCCAGGCCGGUUUGGAAAAGUAUAGAAAUGAAAAAAAACUUAAGGACUACAGUCCUGUUGGAUAUGAAGAUGAAUCUGACGUAGUUUCAGUGUUAAAACGGCUAAAAUAGUUGCUGUCUGUGGUCCAGAAUGUGGCCUCCCGGUGACCAGUUUGACCUUUCCAAAGGUAUUAAACCCAAAUGUACUGAGGUCAUCCAUCAUGUGCAAAGUUAGGUGAGAUAUAAGAAAGAUAAACAAGUCAUUUUAAAGGGAUACUCCAGCGUAAAAUUGGCGAGACCUCAGGCUAGUCCAUUACAGACUACAGCGGGGUGUCGCAGCUCAAGGAAGAACAUUUAUGAUCAUUUCUUCAUGGAAAUACAAUCAGACCGAGACGCUAAGACAGAAGAACUACAGCGUCUGUAAAAUGAUCAAUAUGGUGAUUAUUACUUCAAGGAAAUGAUGAAGAAAUGAUCAUAAAUGUUCUUCCUUGAGCUGCGGCACCCCGCUGUAGUCCGUAAUGGACUGGCCUGAGGUCUCUCUACAAACAAGCGUCUGCUGGAAGAGAGUAGGUGAGUUGUGUUCAGUCUCUGUGACCCUAUAUGUCCUGUUGAUGAAGUUAGGUGCUGUUCUGAGCAUUAUUUGUGGCUAUAGAGUGGCGUUUUGGUUGGGGGCGUGGCUCUCUGUAUUUCUAUCCUGCGGUCGUUACUAAAGUUGGUAUAACUAGAGAAGGAAGCGGUCGACAACAUUCAUCUCUGGAGGGGGGGUCUAACUCGGGGUUACGGUUUUGGGUCAAAUCAGUCCGGUCCGUCUGUUGGAGGUAAAAACCUUGAGGCCUGUCUCUCAGCGCUGCUUUGAUCUCUUCCUCCUCUUCUUCCUCCUCCUCUUCCUCUGCUGUAGAUGAUGUUGUUAAUAAUGCACGAGACACGCCGAGGUGUUUGUGUUUAUCUCCGAUCUGCUGCACUGCAGCUGGUCAGAUUCUUCCUGCUGGAGUCAAACCAUCGCCUCCGGAGAAUAACAAUGCAUCUGCAGAGCAGAGCUGAAACCUGCAGGAACGACUGCAGGGAACCCGAAACAUCCUCAGUCUUCCUCUCCUUCAGUUUGUCUUCUUCUCCUGUUUUUAUUUUUUUACUCCUCUUGGUUUGUUUUUGUCUCGUCUCUCUCUGUCCUUGGAUCCCUCUAUCGUCUCUUUUCUGCUCCUUUUGUUCAGUUUCAGACUCUCACUUUCACUCUCUCUCCUCUGUCCUCCUUUUGUGUCCUGAUCAGAUCUUUCUGGUCCCGUCUGGUCCGGGUUUCUUUCAGUUGGAUCGGCUCACAGAUUUGUAUCUAAACUCAAAGAGGUUUUAAUCAGAUCGUGUCUGUCGGCCUGAUGAAGAACGCAGCGUCUGACACUUUCAGAGGAUUACAGUGAGGACUUUAGAGAGUCUCCGGGUCUCUGUUGACCCUGUUCUGGUCUAAAACCUCCUGGACUGUUAUCAUGUGGACUGAAAAGGCCUGUUUGGUGUUGAUGCAGUUUUUUAUGACAAACGUAGAAACUCUUAAACUGUUGUUGUUGUUGUUGUGACUGUUUUCAUUGUUUUAACGUCUAAACCAAACUUUAACUGUUUCUCAUCUUGUCCUCGUUGUCUCAUUGUCUUCUUUAUUGUCCUCUUCAUUUUUUGUUGCCUCCCUUCUUUGUCAUCCUCAGUCUUUUUUUUAAAAUUUCUCUUACGUUUCUCGUUGCACGUUGUCCUUGUCCUCCGUUCUCUCUCUUCUCAUUUCUUUCUCUGUUGUUGUCUUUUGUCCUCAUUUCCUCUUUGUUGCUUGUCUCCAUUUUUCUAUCAUGUUGUUCUCAUUUCCUAGUUGUCAUUUUCUUUGUUGACCUUAUUUCUCAUUUUUAGCCUCACUCAUUUUCCUUUUCCUCCUCAUCUUUAAUUAUUGUGGUCACAAUUUUUUUCUCCAUUCUACCUUUUUCUCAUUUUUCUGUAUGUUCUCCUCAUUUCUUCUUUUCUUUGUUACUUUCUUCUUGGUUGUUGUUGUCGUUCUCAUUUUUUAAAUCAGCCAUUAUCCUCAUAUCUUCUAACUUUAACCUCUUUGUCCUCAUUUUGUUUUUCAUUUUAUCUUGGUCAUUUAUUCCUUCUUUUUCAUGUUUUUCUUUCCUUUUUUCCUUCUUCACUGUCAUCCUCACCUUUUUCAUCGCUCUCAUUUCUUUUUCAUUUUAAUGUCGUCCUCAUUUCCUCUUCAUUGCUCUUCUUCUUCUUCUUCUUCUGUCCUUCAUGAUUCCAGUCUUUCUCUCUUUCUGUUCUUUUCUCCUCCUCCUUCAUCGUCUCGAUGAUCCCUGUCACCCUCACAUUUAUCUUCAUCCUCCUUGAGUCGUCCUCAUCUUCAUCAUCUGAACCUCGUCUCCCUCACAGUCGUCCUCAUCUUCAUCAUCGCCGUCAUUCUUCUUCUCUGUUGUUUUGUCACCUUCUUCGUCAUCACCAUGUCCGGUGUUGUUAUCCUCAUCUGUACCCUGUACUCUUCAUCAUCUUCAUCAUCUUCAUCAUGCUCCUUUUGUUUUCUUUCUCAUUCUAUCGUCACCUUUAUUUCAUCUAUCCUUCCUGUUUCUUCUCCUGUAUUUUUCAUCUUGUUUUGAGUUCUCGACCUUCUUCUCUCAGCUCUAAUUUUUUUUAUCCUCUUUUCUGUUUUUCCGUCUCUUUUGUUCUCUUUAGACGUACUUCCCUUCACUUCCCUUCGCUCUGCUCUGCUCCAUUAAAUACGAUGAAACUCUCCGCUCUCCUCUUUCUCGUGUCUUAGUUUCUCGCUCCGAUUUACAGCAGGAGUUCACCUUUCUUGUUCUUCUUCUCCGUACGAUAAUUAAACAGCUGCUGGGUCUUUCUUUUUCUCUCUUUUAGUGUCAAAAAUCCUCCGGCUGUAGAGAAAUAUCCGUCUGAAUUUCUCUUGGUGUUUAUUAUUUCCUGAAUGUUCACAAGCCGAUUAAAUCUAAUGAUAUAACUGAUAUCCCUGCUGCUGAAUGGAAACAUGAAGGAAAGAAAACAAAACUCAAUGUGAUGAUAAAGUGAUGACAACGUGACAAUAAAGUAAUGAUAAAAUAAUGAUAAAAUGAUGAUAAACUGAUGAUGAAACGAUGUAAUGAUAAAAUAAUGUUAGAGGGAUAAUGAAGUGAUAAUAAAAUGAUGAUAAAAUGAUGAAGUCAUGAUAAAGUGAUUAUAAAGUGAUGAUAGAAUGUUGAUAAAUGGACGACAAAAUGAUGUUAAAAUGAAGAUAUGAUGAAAAAAAACGAGAAAAUGAUUAAGUGAUGAUUAAAUUAUGAUUAAAUGAUAAGAAAGUGAUGAUAAAAUAAUGAUAAAAUGAUGCUAAAGUGAUAAAGUGAUGAAAAAAUAAUAAAUUGAUGAUAAAUGAUGAUUAACUGAUGAUAAAAUGAUGAAAAAGUGAUACCAAAAUAAUGAUAAAGUUAAGAUAAAAAGAUGCUGAAGUGAUGGUACAAUGGUGAUAAAAUGAUAAAGUGUUGAUAGAAUUAUGAGGAAGUGAUGAUAAAAUGAUAACGUGAUAAUAAAGUAAUGAUAGAAUUAUAAAAAAAUAAUGAUAAAAUGAUGAAAAGGUUAUGAUAAAGUGAUUCUAGAAUGAUGAAGUAAUAAUAGAACGAUGACAAAGAUUUGAUAAAGUGAUGAUAAAAUGAUAAAGUGAUGAUAUAAUGAUGAUAAAGUGAUGGCUGUCUGAGGAGAAAAGAGCGGUUUUUAGAGACUCUGAGUCGUUCUUCAGCUGCUCUGAACUCCGUCUUUGGUAAAUCCGUCUCUCUCACAGAAGGUGGUGGAAUAAAAAAGCAAGAACAGCAAAAAUCAGGAACAGCCUCGCCUCCUCACCUCCCUCCUACAGUCUGAUAAUUCAGUUUCCCAAAGUUAAGAGCAGUCAGGAAACUUUCAUCUUCACUGCAGCGAACACAGGAAGGCCGAGGGGGACGUUUCUUUUUUAGAGGGAGUGUACAGAUGUUGACUUCAGUGGUGAGUUGAUGAACCCAGAAGGGUCACCACAGACUGAAGGCUGAGAAUCCUUGACACAAAUGCUGAGGGUCUCUUGAAACUUGGUACCCUGGCACUGAAGUGUACUAAGACUGCACCAGAUAGAGGGUACUCAAAGACCUGGAGCCCAAAGAACCUUAUCAUCGUCCCUAAUGGAUAUCCUGACCUUGAUAAGCAGUAUCUCAACUGGUAGACUUAAGGGUAUCUUGAUAUCAAGAGAUUCUUUGAGGUUAUCAAGAAAGUGGCGAUAAAAAGUACCUUGAUAUGAUCUCCGUACUAAACCAGAGGCCAAGAGAGACCUGAAAGUGGUUCAGACCGGCUCCUGGACAAAGACGCUGAAGGGUAUUUGAAAAGAUGGCUGAUGUUUGUGAACCUUUAGGGUGUUUCAAACCUGGAAUCUGUUGGAAACUCAACGCAGACGUUAAAGUUUGUCUGAAAACUGAUGUUGGAGUUGAGAUGCGACAGAGAACUUUCUAUAGAGACCCCUAAAACCCUAAAGGGUUGCAGGAAACCACGUUGUAACAGACUCAACAGGUUUUUGUAUGAGGAAAUGUUGUGAUUCACAAUCAUCAGGGGCCUCAUGUAUGGAUACUUGCCUUGAUCUCAAACUAUCGCAAGAAUCCUUAAAGUUGCGCACGCAGGACAAAAAAUCUGGAUGUAUCAAUCUGUGCGAGCGCCGGAAUCCACGCACGUUUCCUUGCAACAUCCCAAUCAACGUGGAAUUGAGCGCAGAUGUCGGAGUGACCAGGCCUUCCACUGUCCGCGCUCGCGAAACGAUGUCAAAGAAAAAGAGGUUUACGGCGUGCGAGCUGGAGGUGCUGGUCAGGGAGGUGGAGGAGAGAUGGCAGAUAUUGUUUGGCAGCCUGUCCGGUGGUGUCAGUACGAAAAAAAAAACAUUGUGAGUGGGAUAAGGUGUGCGAGAGGGUGAACGCGGUAAUACCAACGCGAUAAUGCCAACAGGUCACCAGACACCACCACACAGUGUCGCCAAUAAACCAAAGUGCAGUCAACGCAAGAAUCGCCUUUCCGCCAACUUCUACGGUACCUCUGGAGUUGGUUUGAAACAGCGCAAGAAUCGAUUAACUUUUCGCGUUGAUACAUCUGAACUUGAGCGCCGAUCGUAGCGUACACAAGUUUUUCUUGCGUAAACAGCGUUGAUACUGUAGUUUGUUUGUUUUUCUCGACUUUCUUUGCUUCUUUUUAAAGUUUCCAACGUUUUUCGUAGAAGUCGAUUUUCCCCGGAUCAGAAACUUUAGAUCUGUAUCAGAGCUGUCUGGGGUGAUAGCACUGGUUGAGUUUUGGUUGAACACGGACAUAUUCGUUUUGGAUGAAUAGUCUUAGCGGACCAUCAAUCCCGCCUGUUAUCCAGUGAUGGUCCAAGAUGGCGUCUGAGUGUUUUGGCAGCCGUUCAGACUGAUGGAUGAACCCACUCCGGCUGCCAAGCUCUCCUCCCCGUCUCUUAUUUCUCUCUGAGUGGCUAAUUCUCCUCCACACAAUAUCGAUGUCCGCCGGAGAGGAGGUAUAUCUGCUCCAUCUGCUGUCAGGCCGUCCUAACCUCCGACCUUUGACUCUCCUCGCUGUCGGCCCCCCCUGUAAGGACGGCUGCGUGAUUUAGUUUUGUUUUACAGGGAGUGACUCAGCUAAAAAAGAGAGGGCCUGAAUAUUAAAGAGAUGCAGAGAUGGAGGAGGUCGCAGAAAAGAUGGCUGAUGGUGUGGGAGUCGUAGAAACAAAAGAAAGAAACUGGUAACAGGCAACUGUGGAGGAGGAGGAGGAGGGAGAGAUGAAGAACAGAUGGGUUUUUUACUGCCUCAGUGCUCUAAGAGGUGGUAGCUUCCACUUUCUGCAUACAGUGUGUGUUCUUGUGUGUGUGUUCAGGCGGGUAGUGUGGUGUGAAAUGACUUACCCUGCCAGCACCCGUGGGUCUAGUUUCAGUUUUUUCUCGGAGAACUUCCACCAAAAAGUAAGACACAAAUAUUCGCCUUUUCUGUGGCUCCUGAGUCCAGAACGUCAAAACUCAGUCCUGAUGAUGAAAACAUGAUCUGUGGGAGAAAACUCCUCACAGGUAGAACUGUCCUGGAAAACUUAGAUGAACUGUUUGUGAACUCCCUCUUUAACUUUGAAGUCCUCCGUGAUCAUAUUGAUCAUUUGUCCGUUCAAACAUGAUCAAUAUUGCUGUACUGGUAUCUGAUAACUGCCUUAAACGUGUGUGGAUACCUGUGAGGGGGUUUCACAAUGAUAACUGACUAUAUAAUAAUCUGUGUAAUAUAUAUGUAUAUGUGUAUUUAUUUGUAUAUAUGUGUAUAUCUAUGUAUAAAUAUGUGUGUAAAUGUACAUUUAUAUGUGUGUGCAUAUAUAUAUAUGUAUAUAUAUGCACACACAUAUAUAUAUAUAUAUAUAUAUAUAUAUAUAUAUAUAUAUAUUUAUAUAUAUAUAUAAAAAAUAUAUAUAUAUAUAAAUAUAAAUAAAAAAAAUAUAUAAAAAAUUCUAUAUUAUAUAUAUACUUAUAUAUAGUUUAUAUGUGUAUAUACUAUAUAUACAGAUUUUUAUAUAUAUAUAUAUAUAUAUAUAUAUUGUAAUACCAUGAGUGUAUGAUGAUGAAACAGAAAAGAAUCCUUCUGAGAGAUGAUUUGGCACUUUUAAAAAAUGGAUGUUUCGUUUUGUCGUUGAGUCUCAAAUUUAAGUUAGAGCUUCUACCUGUUUGAGUUACUAAUCUUUUAAACUUUAAUAUUUUCCAACUGUUCUUAUAGCUGUUUUCAUUCAGUUCAUUUAUAACGCUAAUCUGCCAAAAGAAGUUUAAAGCACAGUUUGACGAUUCAGCUUUAAAUGCAGGACAGAAACAUUUCAAAGUAAAAGCAGGACAAACAAUCGUUGAAGGCAGCGCUCUGGUGAUUUGAGCUGUAAGUUCGGCUUUUCUGGCUUUGUGGUUCUUCUCCAGCCAGCCUCUAGUGGACACUAAAGGAACUGCAGGUUUUAACACUUCCACAUCAGCUUCAUUUCUCAUGACUGGAGGCUGCAGAUUGAUGAUGAACUUGAUUGUGUUUGUUAAAUGAGUUUAUGAAGUGAUGUGUUACUCUUGUUGUUCCUCAGUUUGGCUGACCGUGUUCAAUUUUCAAGUUUGUAUUUUCUGGCCUCGAUAGUCCUGACAGCCCUACUGUCCAACAAAGAGACCCAGAUAUUAUGUUGACUGUGAGAUCUCUGUAUGUAAAAAUGUUUAAAUCAAAAUAACAUGAGUUUGUUUCUGCUCUGGAGCAGACGUCACACGUCUUCAUCAGACUAACAAACCGUGAAAACGUGAAGGAGAGCGUGUGUGUUUAUGUAACAGCUCACACCUGAGCACCUACAGUAUAUACACCAUAUAUAUAUGUGUGUGUGUGUGUGUGUGUGUGUGUGUGUUGGAGAGGUGGGGCGGAAUCCAAAUUGAUCUGUUGAAUGAAAGUAGAGAGGGAGCAGAAAGGUGUAAUCUGAAAUAUGAAAACAAAACAAAAGCAGGAGUGAGAGUGAGAAGGACGGACAGAUGAGGAGGAUGCAGUUGCCAUGGAGACAGGGAUCCAACUGGGUCCACUCAUAUUUCCAGGAACCACACACACACACGCACAAAUACACACAGUGGAGCGUGUCUGUGAGGAACAGUCAGUCUGGAUUCACAGAGGUGUACCGGCACGCUCUUACAUAACCUCCUGUCUCUGGACUGUAAUCGUCUCCUCUCUCUGUUCCUCUGUGUCCUCACACUGGAUCUGACGUCAGAGUGUCUCUGCAGGAGAGCGUUUUGAACAUUUUUAGGACCAGCCUGAACAGGAAAAGUACAAACACGACUAAAUAUAUCAAAAAUACAGAAUCUUAAACUCGUGGAGGAUUCUGGAUCGUUUCUUUUUCACUUACAGGAGAGAUCUGUGAAUUUUAAGAAUUCUUCUCAAAUCUCAAAAUAGUGAGAAAAAGUCUGAGGUGAGGAGUCAGAAUUUAAAAACAAGUUUAAAAUUCUGCUAAACAAUGACUGGAGAUUUAUUCAAGAUGAAUUAAUGCCACCUUCUUAAAUUUACAUAUUUUAAAAAAGCCGGAUUCUGACUUUUGUUAAAGGGAUAAAAGUUCCUCUCAUGGAAAACAAAAAAUGAAUUCUGUGAAAAGAAAUCUCGAUUCUUUCAUAAUUUAAUCUCAGGAGUUAAAAGAAAAGGAAAGUCCGGAUGAUGGUUUAGAUCUCGUAGAACAGAUGAAAUCUCAGCUCUUGUUUUGAUCUCAGAAUUCUGAGAUGAUUUUGGAAUUCAGAAUUUAUGUCAGAAUUCUUUUGAAGCUUCGGCAGAAUUUUUUAAUCUUAAUUCUGCUUUGAUCUCAGGAUUCUAUAAAAAAUGAAUUCUUUGAUUUGAGAAUUCUACGACAAUAGAAGAAUGUUUUAUUGGAAUUAAAUUCUGAAUAAUUAAUGAAUUGAAAGACAUAAAAUUAGUGAUUGAGUAGUAAAACGGAGAAUAUAUGAUGAGGUUCUUACUUCUUUACAUCGUAAGCUCGUACAUAAAGCUUCCAGAUCAAUGUGGAGUUAAAAUUAUUCUUUAUAAAAGCAGCAUGAAGUGGAAACAUCUCAGUCCGGAACAAAAAUUUGCUCAAUCAUCAGCAUAAACUGCUCAUUUUUGGGGAUUAAAACAAACAGGAUAUUUCCAUCCCAACAUUUUAACCUCAUAUGACCUGCAGUCGUUCUGAUGAAUGUUGAAAUAAUUCCAACAUCUCGUCCAUCUCUGCCUCUAAUCUUCAGAGUAAACACUGACGUAUAUUUUCCCCUCUGCACUUCUCUCCUGCUUAUACAACGUCACCCAGCUGAAUGUAUUUGCAUACGGGUAUAUAUGCUCUAUGUGUGUGUGUGUGUGUGUGUGUUGUUGCAGCCCUCUAAUGUGUGGGCGUCUGAUGUGAGUCACGAUCGUGGAAAAUCCCACUCCGCUCCUCCUUCCUGCAACCCGAGUGAUUAGAAAGCGAGAGGUGUCACUCUGCAGCAUUUUCUGCGGUCUCAAAAACAGAAAGAAGACGGAUCGAUCGCGUUUAACGUCUCGUACAGAAGAGGAUACUGUCCUUGAGGUUUAAGAGCCUCUGCCUCGUAGAGUUAAUGACCUUUUAGAAAUAAAGCAACAGAAAGAGAAAAACAAGCGUGGUUAGUAAUUCUCCGGCCACAAACCACACGGUCCCUAAGAAGCUUUCUUAGUUCAACAGUUUUCUAACCUGCUGGGUUCUGCAGAUGCAACGAUGCAUGCAUCUGGUUUUUGGUCACAGUUGUUGGGUCGGUUCUGAUGGUUCUGGGUGGUCUGAGCGGUUCCUGAUAUUUCCUUCUCAGAGAUGUUUUAAUAGGAACAGCAAGUGGAGAAAAAAUCGACAUUUUCAAGUCCAAAACUAUUAAUUUCACCAAAAUCAAAUAAAUGUUUUUUGUUUUUUUUUUCAUAAUUCAUGUUUUUCGCCAAAUCGGACUUCUCUCCUCUCCAGAAGUGUCUACAACUGCUGCUGGGCGCCGUACAGCGUUGUUUUUGUCGUACAUGAUGUACGCGUUACUUUUUCUGCAGAUGAGGUGUUUUUGUUCCGGGGUUACGGGGGCGUGGCGCACACGCACGCACAGGCAUCGUCCGAUCAUACUCCGCCUACGCUGGUUACGUGGUAGGAAAAUCGGAUUCCAAUCGCAUUAUCUGGGUGUCAUAAUCGAAGUUCUCAAACUCCGAUUGUAGUCAGACUAAGGUGUUUACAUGCACUACAGUUGUCCGGUUUAAAUCGGAAUAAGGCGAUGAUUCGGUUUUCUCGAGUGACGUGUAAACGUACUGAGUGUGUGUUACAGUGGUGUGUUAUGUGAUAUUAAAAUUACUGCCGAAUAGAACUUUUCAAAUAAUUGGAUCAACAUAACAUUAGAGGUUUAAAAGCUUAAAGAAAUAAACUCUUCACGGUCUAAAAAAAAACGAACGUGUGUCAGCAAUAUUACAGAUGAAUAAGGAGGUCUAACCCGACCCUCUAUUCCGUGGAUAAAACCCCAGAUUUCUGUCUUUGUACCACUGCAGUAAACUUAUUCAUUAUGUCUGCAGGAUAAAAAAAAGAGAACAAUGCCAAAUCAGCAGAAUCCAGCCCCUCCAUUUUCAUAAUAAGAUAAAUAAUUCAUAAACAACAGCAAAGAGAAAAGUGAAAUCAGCGUGAACUCUGAGGCUGGAUGCAGAUUCUGAUGGUGAGCUGAAAAACAUUGAAGGAUUCGAGCACACUCGGCCUCUGUUGGAGGAGAGUUGUUCUCUUAAGAGGCUGUCUGAGCGGCUCACAUUUAAAUAAAGGACAGAAAAAAUUGACUCUGUUUCCUUUUUUGUUUUUUUUUCUGCAGAAAGUCAGUGAGAAGGUUGGAGGGGCAGAAGGAACCAAACUAGACGAUGACUUCAAAGAAAUGGAAAAGGUAAGACUUUAGAGCCGGCAACUUUCUCUCCAUGACUUAAAGGAAAACCGUCAAUAAAAUGGCCUUUUAUUUAGUUUAAAGUCCUGGUUGAUGAUCUGAGAAGCAGUUGAAAAAAAACAGACCCGUUGAGGCAGAUUUGAAAAAAUUAAUUCUAUAAAUUCUAUUAAGACUGGAUCAGUUUUAUGAGGGUUAAUGUGGGUAAUCUGCUAACAUUAGCUUGAUGUGUGUCUUCUGUAGAAGGUGGAUGUCACCAGCAGAGCGGUGUUGGACAUCAUGACCAAAACCACAGAGUACCUACAACCUAACCCAGGUACAAAACACACAUUCAAACAGUACACAACAGACAAAACAGGAAUACCACAACGGCUGCUUAUGAUCGUACUCUAACCUCCCUGCAGCGUCCAGAGCCAAACUGAGUAUGAUCAACACCAUGUCAAAGAUCCGCGGGCAGGAAAAAGGACCUGGUUACCCACAGGCAGAGACCGUCCUGGGAGAGGCCAUGUUGAAGUUUGGACGAGAGUUAGGCGAGGAGUCCAGCUUUGGUGAGCGGGCAUGGUUGAAUAUUUGAGGAGUCUCGGCCAGGUCAAAUAUUUCUUGAGUGGUUAAAGUGUUCAAGAGGAAAAAGUUCCUGUUCCUGACUGUCUUAUAGCCUGUCACAUUAUCACUGUUUCUUUUAUACCCUUAAAUUUUACCUCAUUUUACCUCAAACCCUGUCUUUCCAGGUCUGGCACUGAUGGAUGCCGGUGAAUCGAUGAAAGAACUCGGGGAGAUCAAGGAUGCUCUGGACAUGGAGGUCAAACAGAACUUCAUCGACCCCCUGCAGAACCUUCAUGACAAAGACCUCAAAGAGAUACAGGUGAACAGAACACCCUUUUUUAUCCCUCAAAAGACCACCUGGUGCACAGGUUUGGCUCAGAUGGCAGAGUAGGUAAUCCAUAUACCUCAUAGUCCUCAACGUCCUUAUGGCUGGUUCAAUUUGGUACCACACUCUAGCUAGCUUUGAAGGUAAUGGGGAAAAAAAACAUUUCACUGAGUCAUGAAUGUCCCCUGUGUUUAUAUUCUGCUUUCUAAUACUUGUGUCUCUCUUUUCUCCACCUCCACAGCACCAUUUGAAGAAGAUGGAGGGUCGCCGCCUGGACUUUGAUUACAAAAAGAAACGUCAGGGAAAAGUUCAGGAUGAUGAGAUCAAACAGGCGCUGGAGAAGUUUGACGAAAGCAAAGAGAUCGCGGAGCAGAGCAUGUUUAACCUGCUGGAAAGUGAUGUAAGGACAGUCUCCUCUUUUGUGUGUCUGCUUUAGGAAUUCAGCUGGAAGGCUUUUUAAUCACUAGCUAAUUUGUCAAAUUAUCUUUGGUAAUGGAAGAUAAUUGCUUAGUUUGUCCUGCAAACAUUCAGAAAACCCCCAGACUAUCUUCGGACUGUUGGUGGGAAAACAAUCUCUCUGAUUAGUUUCUGCUUUGUUUUUUUGCUCAUUCUCACUUAUUUGGGGUCACUUUCACAAGUUAAUCCAGACAUCCUGCUCCCCAGCAACAUUUUCCCAUUCUCAAUCUGUGGGAUUCCAAACUGUUCCCAAACCAGAUGGGAUAUAUAAUCCCCCCAGCAAGCUCCCAGUUGAAUAUGCCUGUAACUCCCAAUUUCCACCACAUCCGGAACACCUACGAAAAGGUCGUAUCCUCCGAUCGUAGCUGAUCGUAACCAUUCAAGUUAAUGUGUAAAUUUCCACCGGCUUCUUUCUGUUCCACUGCGGAUCGCCGAACUCCUCAGCUGAUCGCAAGAGUUCUAUUUUUUACGGACGCCAGAGCAUACCGGAUAAAUUUAGCACAGAUUACCCCGUGCCGGAAAGGAAGUCGGGCACAGACACAAGAUAAAAUAUCCGGCUUUUUUCAAAAUAAAACACUGUGUGUCAGGCGGAUCGUAUUUCACACCAUGCAAAUGGGCGGAGACGAACAAGUGAAAGGUUUAUAGACAGCAUUUCAUCCCGAUGACACCAUGGAUGAGAGGAUGCUGAUUCUAGAAGUCUAGAAGUAGAUUUCCUCCUCUGGAAGGACACAAUCUACUGCUUAUAUGGUUAGCCUCUGUGGCUAAAGACAGCUUGUUAUCAUGCAGUUGUACAUGAAUCAGCAGGUUCUUGUGAGUUCUUGCGAUUCCAGCUGUCUGUAAUCCGCCAGGAAAUUCGCCUCACAAAUCGAUCCGGUAGGAAUUGAUGUAUGGCGAAAAUCGCAGCCCUUCCGGAUCGGAGCCGUUCUGCAUGCAGUGGAAAUCCUGGGUAACACUUCUAAAGAGAUGCAUACAUGAGGCAUUCUUGGAUGCAAAGGGGCAGGAGUCCAACCCCGAGCUUCUUUCAGAUGUACAAACCCCUGACUCUGUCUCAAAGGCUGAACCCGGCUGCCCUUUCAAGGGAGCUUAUUUCAGAUAUUAUUUCCCUCAACUCUGAAGUUUGAGAUAAAAUCAGCGUACAAGACUGCACUCUGGAGUUUCCGUGUUGCUGUUGCAUGUUCCUGGUGGGUAUUGUUUUCCCUCAUUGCACUGACCUCAUUUGCACUCUAAUUGUCUGACUAUCAAAUAUUCACCAUGUCUGUCGUUGAUUUUGACAUGACUCCUUGGUUGCCAUAGUUGCACAAACAGCUCUCAACGGGACCCCAGUAUUCAAAACUGCAGUGGAAAAACAAAGGGCAGCAACCUGUGCCAUGCUGUGCCAAGCCAGACCCAAGCCCAGUGGGAUACAGAACAGAGUGUGUGCUGGAGAAAAACUGUGUGUGCAUGUGUGUGUUGCAGAUAGAACAGGUGAGCCAGCUGGCAGCGUUGGUUCAAGCACAGUUGGAAUACCACAGCCGCUCUGCAGAAAUCCUCCAACAGCUCUCCAGCAAGAUGGAGGACAGGUAUCGAUCCAUCUGCCUACCUCUGGUAAAAAUAAACCAAGAAAUAUAGACUGAUGUGGUUCAAACCUUUUUAUAACUGUGCAUGGCGUUCAUCCAGGAUAAAAGAAGUGUCCAGUAAACCGAGGAAAGAGUACACUCCAAAACCAAGAAUGACACUGGAGUUGCUGCCCCCCAGCGAGAGUCACAACGGGGGGAUACAUUCUGCCAAAUCACCUGGAAGAUCACCAGGUAAAGGGUGAAAUGAAGGGUUGGGUUGAUGAGUGAGUGCCUGUCAGUCUUCAGGACUGUCCAGAAAGAGAACAAAACAGUUUCUUAACCUAGAAAUCAUAAGCAACUAAACAGAACCUCUUUACAACUUGAGGCUGUCUUUAAAAUCCAAGGAAACCCCAUUGGAGCCCAUAUUUGAAUGUCCCUUUCAACAGUGUUUGAUCUAACUGACAGGCAAGUAAUGCUGUUUGCCAAGUGGCAAAGGCCUCAGCUUCACCUCUUUGACUGUCUUUUACAUUUACCUGAACUUUAUUGGAGUUGACAUUUCCAAUGUGGUUACCACCAUCUUUGGGCUUGAUAAGGCCUCUUGUGAAACCAAAGAAUGUAAUUUAAAAGACUCUGAGGUUUAUGUAGCUACUAGUAGUCCGGCCUUGUUACAAUAAAACCCCAACUAAAUCUGAGCUUGUUUGUCCCACCACAGCCCCCAUGGACCAGCCCUGUUGCCGAGCUCUCUACGACUUUGAGCCGGAGAACGAAGGCGAGUUGGGCUUCAAAGAGGGCGAUGUCAUUACCCUGACCAACCAGAUUGACGACAACUGGUACGAGGGCAUGAUCAACGGCCAGUCAGGCUUCUUCCCCAUCAACUAUGUGGAUAUCCUGGUGCCACUCCCUCAUUAGGUACCGCCAAUGACCUGACCUUUCCCCAGAUCAAUCAAGACAUCCUGAAAAACAGCCUGUAUUUGCGUAAACAACAAACCACGCCCUUCUUCUACUUCUUCUGUGCUUCUGUGCGAUUCCGCUUUCACACAACAGACUGAACCAACUGCGAUGGAGACAGAGACAAGAUGGGGCAGUAGGACAGUGAUUCUAUGGGAGGAGGAUUUAAGCAUGGUAGAUGCUGAAGAGAUAGAGAGUAGAGAGGGAUGGAAAGAGAAGAGGAAGAGAUGAUGAUCUUUUACAGCACAGUGCUCACUCAGUAGUGCUCCGCUCAGCCAGUGCUGGAUGCCAAUGUGGCCUCGGAGACUUACGAAUAAGGCACGGUGUAAAUGUACGUGCAUGUAUGUGUCUGUAUGUGCGUUUUAACCUGUUCUUACUCUACAUGAUCAAGCCAGCACAAAUUCCUGCUUGUCAGUUCAACUGCCUGACAGCUUUUUCUGUGAUACUGUCUUCUUAAGUUUCUUUGUCUUUCUCUGAAAGUACUUCUUACUUUCCUACCUUGACUUGCCUUCCUGCUCUCUUCUUCAGCCCUAGAUUCCUCCGCACUUUCUUACUUUGUUCCUCUCCGUCUAAGCUCACACUGCCUUUGAGCAUGGCUCCAUUAGGUACAGUCCUCUAAUUCAUAAUCCAGAGCUAUGGAGGGUCAUCAGACCUUUCUGUUUGGGUAAUACUUAUUUUUAAUACUUUCUUUUUUUCUCAGAGUCUGCAGAGACUCUCCACGUAGUGGCUGUUUGCAUGAACCAGCCCAAUCAAAAGUUGGAGUGAUAAACACCAUUGAAUUGUAUUUUUCAGAGAUACAUCUUUGGAAUAAAGCAGUAACUGCAGUAAGUAGAUUUUUCCAGAUUGAGGAAUUGAUUACCAGUUUGUUGUACAAUGGGAAAGUAAGACAGUUUUAAAGAUUUGGAAGUCAGGAAAUAUGUUUUUACGUCACUGAACAUUUCAGGAUAGACAUCACAAGAGGUUGGGGAAGAUAUACCCAAGAGAGCAGCAGUACAUAAACACUACCAACACAGGCCAGUUGUAUUGACCAGAACUUUUUAACAGGUUGAUGUGCAUCAAGCUAAACAUGCUUGUUUUUGUUUUUGUUUUUUGUAUACUCUUCUACGUCACCCAAUCACAGUGUUUUGUGUACUGUGUGCAGUAGAUGCUUGUUGAUUCGUCUUAACUGUGGCUUUUGCAUGCAAGAGUGGGUGUUUAGUUGUGGUCGUUCUAAAGUUCCUGUUUCAAAGUUUUAUUAUUUCAGUUUCACAAAGGCUGCUCAGUGUGUCCUACAUGCAACAGAACGUCUUUCCGUAAACAGAAAGUCCUUUCGUAACCUUACUAACAUUUCAUUACUCCCAAACAUUCUAGAAUAUUGACAGAUUUGUGGAAUCUGUGCUGUCCUUCAGCCUUUUCUAUGUCAGAAUCUAACAAACGAUGUAGGACCUCAAAUUCACUCCGGAACCUUCAAGAACAUUCAAGAACCUUCCAAACGUUCCAGUGUUUCAAAAGUUCUAGAAAACUUGGUUCUGGAAUCUUUCAAACAUUCUAGAAUGUUUGGAAGGUUCCAGAAUCUUUUAAACAUUCCGGAAUCUUUCAGCCAAUCAAAUGCUGGAAUAUUUCAAACAUUUUUUAAAAUCUUCUUACUAGUGAGUAAUUGACAUUGACUUUGACUAAAACGAAUUUUGUCACUUUUUUCGUACCUAUUUGACAAUAUUUUAAUGUGCUUUGGUUAAGCUCAUUGUAAAAUCAGUCCAUGUGGAGGGGACAGAACCAAGGCCAGAACCCAGCCCUGGACUCAUCAAUAUAUCCUUAUACAUACUUCUACUUCUACUUCCUUAUAUAUAGUUUUUUAUUUUUUAUUUUUUUUUACAAAUACUGCAUAUGAAUGUCGAUAACUACAGUAAAAUGUCACAAGUGAUAGCCAAUGGGUACCCAGAUUGCCAGCUGGGUGAUAAACAUCAACAAGCAUAGAAAAGACUAAGCCUUGAACAUUUUCAGAACUUUCAAUAUGAAUGAAAUACUCAGAAUAUUGCACCCUAAAGAUAUCCUGCUCUAGUUCUAUUAGAGGCUCAAGUUCCAGAUUAGUCCCUGAUGGGUUAAUAAGCAGUCAGUAUUGGUGGUACCGGUUAGCCCUGCAAGUUCUUGUUCGUCAGACAUUCUCAAGUGGAACUUAGUGGGACUUGUUCUGUAACUGUUACUCUACCAAAGAGCAACUUACCUAAAUAUGGGUGUACCAGCAGUAUUCUUUGUGAGACAGUGUAAAGGAUGGCGAAUUGGUAAAACAAGAGUUCUGAGGUUUAGCCUUUAAUAACAGGAUUAGCAUUUUAGAAUUUCAGCAGCUAGUCUACAGGCUGUAGCAUUUACUUUAACCUCUGUUGGCUGUAGCUAGCUUUGAAACAAUCUAACCAGGGAUUUCACCCAAAGUUGAACAAACGUGUUGGGACAUUAAGAUAAUAGGAAGUUGAAGAUUUUAAUUGUAUAAUCUUCACCUGUUGUACUGAGCAUUCAGUAUGGUGCUAGGUUAAUGUGAACUCCACUGUGCACACUCUUCUGCUCUUGUGCGAAUAUGAAGCUAAAAUUGGUCGCCUUAAUAGAUCUCUUAUUUGCAUUUACAGCUCUAACAUUUUUAAGAAUAAAAAUGCAGUUAAGUACAGAACAUUAACCUUAAAGACUGAGGGUUUGUUUACCAAAGCAGUACUUAAGACAUCAGCAAACACCAGCAGGAAUUUGUGCUAGCAUGGCUAAUGCUAAAGCACCAGAUAUGGCUAGCUAGAUAGCCUCUCGCUUCACAUUCCCGCAUUAACGUGCAGUGUUGAGCAGUAUAUAACAAAUACUAGAAAAUAUAUAAAGUUUUGUGUACUGAAGAAGUAUUUUCAACACAAUCCCAACUCAGAGGUGAUGUGAAAGUGUUGGACUAGCGUAGCUGUUUGGCUGAUUUGCCGAAUACCAAAAGAAACUGGUCUGUUGUAGUAUGCAUCAUAUGCUUUUUUUGGACCAUGGGUCAGGGACGUUAAAUCGGUCGUAUUGUGCAGGUUCUUGCUACAUUUGUUGAGUAUAGUAAUAAUAAAAGGGGCGACUGAAUACUGAGCUGUUGGAUGGGAACAUUUAAGAGUUUGUUCUGAGAAACAGAGAUAACGAAACAGAUAACGAAAAAAAACAUGUUCAGUCAGGUCAGAGAGUAAACAUCACUCUGUACAAUAUAAAAACAGUCAAACACUGAAGAGGCAAUAACUGUUUAUCUUACAAUAAAAUAGUGUAUUUCAGUAGAAGGCUGAGACCGCUGUGAGGGAAUCUGACAAACUUUGUGAGCUUCAAAUCUACCAAUCUAUUUACAGAUCUACCAACAGAUCUAUCUACAGAUCUAACUGCUGAUCUAUAGAUGGAUCUAUACGUUGAUCGAUCUAUCACUGAGACAUCUCUUUUACUGCCAAAGCACAUAGAAAAACAACAGCAACUAUACAAACAGAUUAAAUUGGGUGGUAGUGGCGCCCUCGUGGGUUGGUCUUUUCUGUAUCUGUUGCAGGUUGUCGUAAGAGUGGGAUUUGAAUCGCGACUGUGUUCUGUGUUUUUCUUUUGUUUCCUCGGCUGAGUCUGUGUUCUGAGUCUGAAUCCUGAUUUCUUUGGUCCGCCUGUGGAAAGUCUGUGAGCUGCAUGCAACUGAACCGCUUUAUGUCUGCUGAUGGAGAUAGUUUUAAAAAACAAAAAAGACCACAAAAAAAAAAAAAACCACACACAUAAGACAAAUUAGUCCGGCUGGCUUUUUCUAACACUGCAGUGAGCCUGAUACUCUUCAUUUUCUAUUCCUCAGUCACUGGUUUUGUUAUCCUUUUGACUUGGUUAGGCUUUAUUUGUAUCAGCACUCCUUUUUGAAUUACAAAGUGCUUUAAGAUCUUUUUGAAUUUCGCGAUGAUAUGAUGUUAUUUAUUUUGCACCUUAAACAUCAGAAUCGAUUUGUUGCUCUGUUCUUGUUUUGUGCUGAUUUGCCCUCUAUGGCGACAUAUUCUAACCUCAAUGAGGGACUUGUACAGUGUUACUCUCCGUUUUCCCCUUUUCACCUUAAUGAGGGUCAGACCUGGGCCACACAAACCACAAGAGUUUAAUUUUAAAAAAAAAAGACUCUCAAACACCAAACCAGCAGAUUAAAAUUCUAAAUCUAAAUUAAAUCUUCAGUUCAUUUUCUGAAGCGGAGAAGUUUGGGUAGCAGAAAUAAUCUCAAUGUUUCUUGGAAGUCGAUCUGAGAACUUAAAGGGUAUUGGAAAGUAUGAAUCUGGAACAUCUGGAUCUGUUGAAUUUGUGAGGAAGUUAGCAACCCUCUAGCUGUCCUCAGGGAGCAACAGCUAGCCUGCCUCCAUCCAAUUUUACAGAAUGAAGUUUUGGAGGCACUUUGUGUAGAUGGUUUCUACUUUUCCAUCAGUCUACAAAACGUCAAGCUUGGACCAGCAGUAGGUUAGCUUCGCAUGGCAACAAGACCAGAAAAGGCUCAAACUCACCUCGACUGAACCCAAACAGUGAGAGGAUCCCUGCUGUCUGAGCUGCUCUGCUUCAUAGACACAAACUUCAGUCCACGUUCUGAUGAUCAGGAUGGUUUAUGGUGGCCUUUGUCUGACCUGUAGAUGUGCUCCAUGAUACUGUAUGCCUUUAGGCUGUAUAAAAUAGCCCCUAUGCCUCUGGACCCUGGUGUCUGCUGGUGAGCUACAUGUGUGUACGUGAGUUUAUACACACCUUGUUGCUGUUUAUUUAUGUAAGGUAAGUAUUCAUUCGGUUAUUUAUUAAUUUAUUGAUUUAUAUAUGCCCGCAUCCUGUUUAUCGGUUCGGCACCUGUGGCGUAUUUUGAGGAUUGUCAAAACAUUGGUGUACGAUGUGGACGAAGGGAGGGCGGGGGGAGAUGAAGGGAUGGGGGCUGGGGGUGUGGGGGGCGUGGUCAAUGGAAAAACCUAGCUGUGAUACUAACUCUAAGUGUUGCUCUCCUCGUAUUGGACGAUGAUAUUAUCUAAGACCACUGUAUGUAUAACUGCUUGUCGUGAAGAUGAACUACAAUGUAAUGACAAUAAAGAACUAACACUAUAACAACACAGCAGACACGAGUCCAUUCUGUUCUAGAUAGACAGGUAGGUAGGUAGGUAGGUAGAACAACCAGCUCACUUUACAAAUAAGUGUUUUGCUUGUUCAAAUAUUGGGUCAUUUUGGUGCUCAGUCACGCAAUUUGACCUAAUAUCACAACACACGCCACACUUGACAUUUCUCACGCUUAUAUUCCCCCAUUCAAUACUCUGUAUUUAUUUUGUUUCAUGAUAAUAAACUUGGCUAACUCUGACUGACUGACCAAGAUAACUAAUCCGAGACUAAUCCAUCAGUCCUUUGUGACUAAAUCUAACCAACCACGAAAAGCACUGCGCAAUAUAAACCAAUCAGAAGCAUCGUAAGACAGAUCUUGGCGUCUCUUACUAUCUUUCACAAACAACAGCGCUGACAUUUAAAACCCACCCAACGUUCUCCUGCUCUCCUGAAGACCAAGAUCCCAUUAAUACGUCUUAAACGUAUCACUGCAACUGAGCACCAAAGCUCAAUUUUAUGUCAGUUUCUUGUUUUUGUCAGGCAUAGCUUCCAGUUUUCACUUUAACUUUACAAACCAAGGUGCUGCUUUCAUACGGUUUUUGAAGUGCAACAGGGCUAAUUUCAUUCUCACUUAAAUCUGUUUACAUUUUGCUCUUUGUUAUUGGAUUAGUAUUUUAUCUAUUGUAUACUAUUCUUUGCUUGGAAAUGGACAUGGGAACUAAUUUCAUCCCACAGACUGUCAAAGGUGUGAGGCAUGACAAAUAAAGUUCCUUGAAUCCAAUUUACGUUUUCACAUGAGCAAAAAUGCCUCUAAAAGGCACCUGAAGUCAGCAUCACCAUCUUAAAGGAAAAUUUUGCGUCUUUGCCACGAAUGGAUUUUAUACAAGAUGUUUUUUUAAACCUACAACGGUCCUGUAAAUGAAAUCAUUCUACCAAUCAAUACCUUUUGUGAUAUCGCACAAUGCUUUAUGUGUCAUAUAUCUUUUCGAGAAGUGUAGUUGUUUUAUUCUAUUUUGAUUUGAAUGAGGUAUUGUGGAGGAUUAUUACAUUCAAAAGAGAGUGUAGUUUAUCUGAGAAAGGCAUAGAGACUAACAUAAGGGAGAGUAGCUGGCAUGGAGGUGAGGACAUCAGUCUUAAGGUUUAAAUCGGCGUUAAAAAAGGUCAAUUUUUUUCGCUGGUCAGCGGCUGAACGCAUCAUGACGCUAAAGUCUCACUCUUGUAAGAUUAAAAAAAGGAGCCCUAAACUAGUUUUAUUUUAGGGUAAAACGGCAUAUAAUUGAGAUUUUCCAUCAUAUUUCCUAUAUCCACGCGUGUUCGACCAAGUUUAACGAAUAAAACUCGUGAAAACAACGAGUUCGACUCACCAUGACGAGCAUUCCUGCGUUUGUGUAUGAACAAAUCAAAAUGGCCGCUGGGGGCGGUGUUGAGGAGUGUUUCCCUCCACGCUACCGUUUCCCUCCUUUUGCAGAUCAACAAUGACGCCUUCAAGUGCUCCCAGGAGAGUCGAAUUCGAGAGCUCCCUCCGAUUUUCAGCGAGUCUUUCUACUCGAAAAACAAACUAGAUCGGUGAACAAAUAUAAGAACAUUUUUCAGAAAGAGGAGAGAUUGGUGAACGUGAUUCCAUCUAAUCCGUUUUGGUGGAUUGCAUAAUAUUUCGAUAUCUUAAUCUUAAAAGAGAUAAAUUUGUCAUUUUACAGUCGAGAUCUCACAGAUCUGGGUCUCAUACGAGCAAAAUGACUGUAAACUCUCGUUCUUUUAAUCUCGUGAAUUAUUUGUUGAUUCUCAUCUGAUUGUUUUCUUUUUUUCGUUGUCUCGCUUGUGCAAAAGCUGGUGUCAACUCGAUUUUUUUCUGUUCAAACUAUAAAAAGAAGUCUAGUUUUUUAUGAGGUAAUAAAAUUCAUUAGUCUGGUAUUCCUGGGGGUAAUUAAAGGCAACAAACGGUUUGACCCACUUUCCAUACACGCCACGGGAACGUUUCGCUCGGACUCGUACCUCCAUCAAGUUACACAAAGGAGGAGUGGGAAUUUCCGGAAAUACAUUGAGUCACCUUCAGAAUAAAUUUACAACGAGACGCACCACCUCUCACAAGAUAUGAGAAUGUGAACUAAAUUAGCAAAAUAUUUGUCCGAAUUGGUC